UAGACACUGUUAACCAUCCAGAUCCAAAUGAAUCCAUCCAUAUAUUGUUAUUUCUCUUUCGAGAUGUAAUGAAGUCACUGCAUGUGGACCCAGAGGAGUCUGUGGAGAUUCAUAAGGACGUCAAGGCCAAACACUCCCUGGCUAUUCACUGGGGGACCUUCGCAUUAGCUCAUGAGUUUUACUUAGAGCCUCCAGUGAGACUCAGGGAGGCCAUGGAGAAGAAUGGGUUGAAUGUGGAGCACUUCUUUGUCCUGAACCAUGGAGAAUCCAGAGUGGAGGGGGGAGAAGGAGAAGGAGGGGGCGUUUGACUGAUCAGAUGGGCUACAUUGCCAUAAGCUGCAACAUGAAAGAGUUUGGACUUCUGACAAAGAGAUCUAAGCUUGGCGUUAUAGCGUUUGCCUGGUUAAAGGGCACUGAUGUACAUAUUUGCAACUUAAAAACAAAAAAAUGUUUUUAAUGCCAAGUGAUAAUGAUUGC